UCGGCUCCGAGAGAAACAUCCCAAACUGGGCCAAUGGUAAGCACGAUGCGAUCUAGGCCUGUGCUAAAGAGGAGUGCCCCGACUGUAGCCGUUCAGACUCGGGUGCGGCGACGAAACGAACAACUUCAAAAGGAGAAAGAGUCUGAAAAGGCAUCGGAAGAAGAGCCUAUUUCCAUUAGUGAGAACAAAGAGGACAAUGAGGACGAGAAGUUGCGGGCCGAAGAGGAAGAACGGGCUCGUAGUCGUGCACUGGAAAGGGAGCCGGAGAAAGGGAAGGCCGAAGUAAGCGAGGAGGAGCCACGAAAGAAGAAGAAUAUUUAUUCGAUCCCCGUGGAGCAGGGGGUCGAUAUCGAGCAACUUGUUAAUAAGAUUCUGGAAAGUCAGCGCGACUUGGUCACGCUGAAGGAAAUUUUGGCGGUAUCGUCGAAAAUUCGAGAAGAGUUUAAACAGCGGAUAACUCGUAAGAGAGUCAUGACUGUUAAGCUCGGCGAAGUCAUUCCGCCGGAGGCUAACUGGUCCCCGCCUGGGACAAAGAUGGAUUGGCGAAGUGUGUCGACCGGCCAUAUGAAGGUCCAGAUUGGACGACAGGAAUACUCGGCACUUGUGGAUGAUGGAGUCGAGAUGAACAUCAUUCGUGAGCGCCAUGCCAUCGAAGCUGGGUUGAAGAUCAACCGAGAUGACUAUGGGUUUUUGGUGGGAGCUAGCGGAUCAACUCCAUUUUGCGGAACAGCCAGUGGCGUUCUCGUCACGAUUGGAAAGGUCAAGGUCCGUUCGUAUUUCUACGUGUUACUUAGAGUGGAACACGAGGUGCUUCUGGGAAGGGCAUUUCCCACUCGGCAUGGGAAAUCGAUAUGGAAUGCUCCUGCCUUUCACGAGGUACGUCCAGAACUCGUGGUGGAGGAACCUUUCAUCGAAGAGGAUCCAUGGGGCGAGCAAACCGCAGAGGAAAUGAUGAGGCUGGCUUUGAACGAUGACAUCGACCUUAUGCUUGAUCCGCUAACGAUUGAACAGGGCCAUACGCAGGCUGAUGACGCUUUCCAGACCGUUGGAAGGAUGUCAUAUAUCAUGAACUUAUUGGUUCAUGAGGAUUGCCUGAGGUUAAUGAAUGCGGAGGAAGGAGGCAGUGAGGUCAAAGAAGCGUUUAAGGAAAAGGAGUACGAAGGGGAGUAUAAGAAGAUAGGCAUGUGGUUGAAUGGGGAAUUGGACGAAAGUGAGGUUGAUCCGGUUGUGCGGGAGACAAGCAAAGGAUUCGUUGUUCGUGACGGUCAUCUCUUUAAGAAAGCUGCUGAUGGUGUCCCAAAGAGGGUGAGGUCUAACAUCCACCACCUCGAGCCUCUAAAUCCACGUUAUGUGGCAGAACCAGGCGCAGUGGUGCAUUUGGAUCUCCUGGUAAUGCCACCUGGGAUAAAUGGGUACAGGUAUAUCUUCGAUGCUAGGGAUAAUUUGACUGGGUUCGUUGAUGGUUGUGCCGUUCGCGAACGUACUGGGUCAGUCUUGGCAGAGUGCAUUGAGGAAUAUUACCUCCGUUAUCCAUUCAUUCAAGAGAUUGUUAUGGAUCGAGGAGGCGAGUUUCGAGCAAAGGAGGUGCAAACACUUUUAAAGAGACUUGGGGGUGAGCUUGACUCUUCUGGGGCAGUCCUUGUUGCUUCUGCUGUGUAUGAUGAAGAUGUUGGUAGUGCUGUGCAGAUUGUUCCAGCUCCGCAGGUUGAAGCGUCAUGUGCGUUUUCUGUUGUUGUGCCGACUUCUGUACCGGUUGGGCAGGCUGAUGAGGGGGGCGUUCCUGACGGCAGGGGACCGCCAGCGGAUGGCCCUGUUGGUCAUGGGCACACUGUACUUCGCUGUUAUGUUGGCGCCCGCGUUGUCUUCCGUCUGCUGCCGUCGUCGUCAACUGUUUCAUGGCUGACGUGUUCCGCAGGCCGCCGUGUAUCGUACGAGCGUCUGAAGGCCAUGGCAAAGGCGAUGAGGUACUUGCUGGCCGCAACGAUGUGGAUAAUGCGAAUGGUAGGGGACGACCCAAGAUCUCAUUACGACACUUGGGUUUUCGUGCAACUGUCUGCGAAGACGACGCUGCUUGCGUCCAUGAACCGUCAAUUCGACGCCCGCCGCCACAUCAUGCAAGCCUCGCAAGUCAUGACAGACAAGUUUGGGAGACCGCCUCCGACCUUCGCCUCCCCACCUGUCUACAUCCCUGAUUGGGCGUCAAAGUGCGGAGUCACUUUCUCGCACGACGCGACGUUGGCCUCCCCGAUGGAGGCGAGAAGGUUGGAUUGGCUGGGGACAAGCCCCCCCGAGGACGAGGAUGAGGACGAUGAUGGCGCUGACAAAGGUCGGGGGGGUGAUGCGCAUGACAUCGCGAGAGGGAAGGGGAUGAUGCCGUCAUUUCUUUGACGACGGCAGCAAACGCAAACAGUCACUCCACGCCAAGCGGAAAGUGUAAAUACUUCGCGUGCUCGGCCAUGGAGUGAC